UGCGGAGAAGAGAAACAAAAUACAGGAUUUCCUGCUCUGCAGCCACCGGACCGGGCUGCAGAUGCCGGCAGGAUUCCGAAAACAUGUGGAAGUUGAACGAGGAGGCGCUGGGGUUGCUGAGAAAUCCAGCGGGCGAUAAAAGCAGGACGCCGGCUGCUCCUGCUCCCUAGCACGGCUAUGACCCCCCCGGAGCAUGGGAAGCGCAGGAAGAACCUCUCCCCCUGCCGUGACUGCCCCAUGAGUGAAGAGACCCGGCCAGGAUGGAGAGCAACGUGUCCUCCGGGAACUGUUCCUACCCCCAGAUGUCCUUCCAGUCCACCCUCUACGCCACCACCUACACCCUCAUCUUCAUCCCGGGGCUGCUGGCCAACAGCGCUGCCCUGUGGGUCCUGUGCCGCUUCCUCAGCAGGAAGAGCAAAGCCGUCAUCUUCAUGAUCAACCUGGCCGUGGCCGACCUGGCCCACGUCCUGUCCCUGCCCCUGCGGACUUACUACUACAUCAACCACAGCUGGCCCUUCGGGAGCUUCCUGUGCCAGGUGUGCUUCUACCUGAAGUACCUCAACAUGUACGCCAGCAUCUGCUUCCUCAGCUGCAUCAGCAUCCAGCGGUACCUGUUCCUGCUGCACCCCUUCCGAGCCAAGGGCUGGAAGCGCCGCUACGACGUGGCCAUCAGCGCCCUGGUCUGGCUCUUGGUGGGGGCCGCCUGCCUGCCCCUCAUCAUCAUCAGGAGCCCAGCCCUGUCCAACUCCAUCAACAGCUGCUUCUCGGACCUGGGCGUGAAGCAGCUCAGCCCGGGGGCCGCCAUCGCGCUGGUGACGGUGGCGGAGCUGUUCGGCUUCGUCAUCCCCUUUGGCACCAUCGCCUGGUGCACGUGGAGGAUGUGGCAUUCCCUGCGGGAGGGCCCCACGGCGCUGCAGGACGCCGGCGAGAAGCGCAAGGCCCUGAGGAUGGUCCUCAUGUGCGCCGCCGUCUUCUUCAUCUGCUUCACCCCCUACCACAUCAACUUCCCCUUCUUCAUGAUGGUGAUCGAGAACGUCAUCCGGGACUGCGCCGUGCACCGGAGCACGCUGCGCUUCCACCCCAUCUCCCUGUGCCUGGCCAGCCUCAACUGCUGCCUGGACCCCGUCCUCUACUACUUCAUGACCUCCGAGUUCCAGGCGCAGCUGCUGCGCCACGGCUGCGUGGCCCUGAGGGCUCGGCUCCCGCCCCGCCGGAGCAGCGCCUCCGGCACCGACAGCGCCCACGACAUCCGUGUCAGGAAGAGGAAUCUCCCUCGCCUCAAGUUCUGGUCUCUUCCCAAGUUCUUCGGCCAAAUAAACAGCAUGGACAUCCCCCCCGUGCCGCCCGACGAGCUGCUCCUGGAGUCCAUCUCGUGAGCGCCAGCGAGUCCUGUCUGUGCAGGGGAUUCUCAGAGCUGCAGUGAGGAAGGCCUGCUCAACUCUCCAAAUCCCUCUGGAAUUGUCCUUGUGUGCUGCAGAUGCCAGGACCUGACCCAUCAGGACGUUGUGGUGCCGGAAGGUUUGCUGGUUGUGUUGUUGCUGCUGGGGACUCUCGUUUUCCGUCCCCUCGAAAGCCGUUGUCGAUGCCGAGGUUUCCCCUGUGCUGAACCGGGUGUUCAGGUGCCUCGUUUCGGGUGUUUCAGUGCUUCUGCAUGUUUGUUGUUUUGGGGGAUCCUUCUGAACCCCGAGCUGUGAGUGAGAGGCUCAGCCUUGGCACAGCUCUGGGGAUUUCAGCCCUGAUCCUGGGCAGCUACAGCCACCAUCACCUGGAGCAUCCACCAAGCUCACAGAGGGCUCUGGGUCAGGAUCCGUUCAUUAUCUCCACAUAAACUGAACCUUUUUCCACUACAAAAAUCCAUCACUCGGGUCCAAUCCAGCCUAACCUGGACUGCAAGGCUAUAACCAAGCAAAGAGUAUUAACCAGUAUCACAUCAGUGUUAUAAAGGAGGGUUCAAUCAAACUGGGCUCAGCUCACUCUGCUGGAAAAGGCCCCCAGAGCUGAGCAGAAGGAUCCACCUGGCUCCUGGGAGCCACAGGCACUUGGCUGAUUUUGGGGGAUCAAUAUUUGGAAGACAAAUUAUGACAGAUAUGCCACAAGCAAAGAGGGAGAUGUGACACCUCCCAGGGCACAUUAACUCACAGAGCUCUGGUGUGAGCUGCAGAAACAUGGACUUGUCUUUGGUGUCUCUUGUGUUGUCAUUGGGAGUCUUGUGUUAUUUGUCAUGUUCCUGACACGUGUGGUUGCACUUGAAGAUCUCAUCCAAUCCUUCAGUUUUGCUUUGGACACCACAAGCCAUCCCAACCCUCACCGGGUACUGAGAGAAUUUACGAAACUGACUCAAGUACACCCUGAAAGCUUCAAACUCUGAGGAAAUAAAAUGAUCCCAGUGUGUGUUUGA